AUGCUCCUCCACGACGACCACGAUGCUUCGUCUCCAUCCAGAAACUCCUCCCCCGAUGUUGUCCUUAUGGUCGCCAAUCCAGAUGUCGAACGAGUGGAAAGAGAAACAAGUCCUCACCGACCAGAUGCUGGACAAAUUGAUAGAGGAACAAGUCCUCAACAACCAGGACCUACCGGCGUCCUCCUCACCCCUCAUCUCAACAACUUCUCCGACGACGACGCCGAAGACUAUGCCAACCUUGGCCAAUUACCAGUGGGAGUUCCACCUCCUAGUGAAGGCACGCCAAAUAGUGGAGUUGCAGGUCCCUCGGGAUUUCGAGCAAGAACGGCAGCUCAACUCCCAAGCCAUGGAGAAGCUGAACCAAUACCAGUUCUAUCAGAAACUGCACCUCCGCCAGUACCAACUAGUGGACUGAUUCCCAGCCCCGUGGGAGGACCUACCCCUCGUACAGAUCCUCACGCCGGAGAACUGGAGCGACACGCGGACGCGCUCCUCCAGCGGAACACCAUCUCCGCGGUAAUACAAAUGGCCACAGCCAUGGCCCUCCAAAGACUCGCUAACUUCUCGGCAGGACAACCCAGGAACGAACAUAGCGACGUACCUCGACGACUGGCUAGUGCCAGUCUCCAGAUCAGAACGCUCGCCCUCCAAACCGACCCGGACACAGCCUCCUGGUACGCCCACAAUGACGGGCGACCCCGAGCCCUCCUCAUCCACCCUGACGAGUUCUCCCAAUACGUCAACCGAGAGCUCCUUCCAGCUCUCCUCUUCGGAGGAGAAUUGGGAAACGUCCAGCCAAGCAGAACCGACCCUUUCCGAGUUGUCACUUGGAACGUACCACGUCCCGGAGAACAUCCCACGCCUGUACCAAAUCCAAGGAGGGUUCCGCGUACGGUCGUGGAGCGCCCUCCACCGAGACAACGAGAGGUUCCUACAGCGCAUAGCCAUACCGCGACUCCCCCCUCUCACCGGAUACGAGGUUUUCCCUUAUCCCAAGGAAAUACCGACGAGGAGGAACCGCCCGUCUAUCGAAGAAAUGAGGGAAGGCGGAGUCGGGGAAACCAGGCAACCCUCGGACGCGGAACAACUGCUGGCCGGAGUAUUCGACACCGGCCUGGAUCGCCUCCUCCUAGUGCUCGAUUUCGUACGAACGAAAGAGAGGAUGACCGAAGUAGCCGCAGAACUCGCCGCACUGAUUCGGAGGCUCGAAGAAAUAGCUCUUGGACUAGAUCCGAGCUCGAUGCAUGGGAUGCUCUAGACGAUCCAGGAAAUUACGACGAAGCGGACCCCUACUACCGACCUGACGAAGGGGGCGGGGAUUAUCAGGGACCCUUCGAUUAUUAA